AGUAUUUCUGAACUGGUGCAGUGCCGGUUCAUCUCCACCGAUGGUGUGCAGAAAAAGGGGGACCUAGAAGAGAAACUUCGUCAAAAAUCUCCACACUUAUAUACAAAAAAAACCCAAAAUUCAUCAUCAUGAGUUUAAUUUCCUCCUCCUUCUCACUGAGCAGGCGCUGGGACAACCAUUCCAGCCCUUACCGCAUCUCCCAGAUGCCCUUCACUUCUUCUCGGCGGCUGCUGAAGUCUGAGCCUAUGCGCUUCUGGGAACCAAAUGAAUUGAGUGUAGUGUGUACAGAGCUGGUGGGACUGAGAGCUCAGGAAAGAGAAGAGUUAGUAGAGUUAAAUGACCGCUUUGUCUCCUACAUCGAGAAGGUGCAUUAUUUGGAGCAGCAGAAUCGGAUGCUCAUGGUGCAGCUGGAAGCCCUGCAUGGCAUGCAGACUCAGCCAUCUCGACUGCAGCAGCUGUACAGGCAGGAGGCACAGGAACUUCGCCAGCAGCUGCACCUUGAGACUCAGGACAAGGAACACGUUGAAGUGCGGAGAGACAAGCUGCGAGUGGAGCAGGAGCAGGUAGAGAAGCACUGGCAGGACGAAGUGCGGCGGCGUGAGCGGGCCGAGGACGAGCUGCAGCGUGCCAGGGAUGAGGCAGACAGAACAACACUUUUGAGCAGCGAUGCGGAGGUGAGAGUGAUUUCUUUGGCGCAGGAGUUAGCCUUUCUGAAGCAGGUGUUUGCAGAAGAGCGGGAGGGGCUGAAGGUGCAGCUGCAGGUGUCCAGGCUCAGCGUGGAGCCCGAUCUGAACAGGCCAGACCUCUCUGCCGCCCUGAGAGAGAUCCGUGCCCAGUAUGAGAGCCUGGCCAGGCGCAAUAUGCAAACCGCCGAAACCUGGUACCAGGGAAAGGUGGCCAACGUGGCACAAGCAGCCGAUAAGCAGCAGGAGGCAGUGCGCUUGGUACGCGAGGAAACGGCCAAGCACCGUCAACUGCUGCUCACCUGCUCCAAUGAAGUUGAAACUCUGCAGAGUGUCAUCAACUCACUAAACUCACAGCUCCGAGAGCUGGAGGAGACCCAGAGCGAGGAGGUUGCCAAGUAUCAGGGGAGGAUAAAUCAUCUGGAGAGGGAUAUUGCUGAGGCUAAAGAGGAGAUGGCACGCUAUUUAAAGGAAUAUCAAGAUCUGUUGAACGUGAAGAUGGCCCUGGACAUUGAAAUUGCAGCAUACAAGCAGCUGCUUGAGGGGGAGGAGAUUCGUCUGACGUACUGCUCUGUGCCUGUUUUGGCAUAAACCCAAACCUAUAACUCCCCUUUCAAAAUUUUACCCAUCCCAUUGAUUCUGAUCAUUUAUGAUCACCAAAAUCAUCUAUCUCAAGACACUUUACACACAAUUGUUUCCUGAUACAUUUUGUAAACCUAUAGAAUUUAUGUUUGCCCCUUAAAAAAGGAGACUUCAGCUUUGUCUACAAAAACCCAGUAUGGCUUUAGGCUUUCAUAUCAGCCAAGCAGGUGUCAUAUUUGAUUGUUUAGGUGUAACCCCUGUUUGGCUGGAAUGAAAGUCUGCAGCCAGACAUCAAGUUUAAUUCGAAUCCUAAUUCUCGCAGCUCCAAACUAUAUUGCCUAAACCUUUACCCCCAGGACCUAGACCCACAUUAUGACACUUAACAAUAAUCCCAUUUCCACCAUCACUGAUUUAAAGAGAAAUGAGCCCUUGUGUUAAACAAGAGGUAAACCAGGAUUUCCCCCUUCUUCUUCACACUCUAAAUGAAACAAGGGCACAAUGGAGAGAACACUAAGUUUAGCACUUGCCCAGUCAGAGCUCUUGUUGGUGAAUUCUAAGUCCUCGGUUCUUCUCCAAGCACCAAUCAUGGCUGGUGAUCGAGCCCCUUCUGUUCAAACUAUCGGCCAGUUGUUUGUGAAGGUGGAAUCUUUUCUAAACUAGUCAUACUUUAGGCACUGGAAAUGAACCGAGACAGUAACCUGUUUUGUCCUGAAUUUUGACUCAGUAUCCACCAACAGGAUGUUACUCUGCACAACGACCCUGUAAGUGUAGUAAGUGAACUGACUGAAUGGCUUUUAAUGCCUUUCAGAGCUGAAGCACCUCAUUUGCUUAUCGUUUAUAUUCCUAGAUAAACUUUUAGUCUGCAUCUUAAAAUUGUGAGCUUUGGUUGUUAGAGUAAUUGUAAUAUUAUUUUACUUACUAGGAAUAUAUUGACUAAAAAUGUCAAAUAUUGUUAAUAAUGAAUAAUUAGCUAGAUGAAUUGUGUUUAUCCUUAUAAAACACUACACUGGUGAAUCUUUGCGCUUUCAUCUGCUUCUGUUACAUCUGUUUAUUAAUGUGAAACUAAGUCAAUUGCUAGUAGGUUGAGAAACAAGCAGAGAAGUAACAUCUGCUCCUAAAAACAAUACCUACUGAAUAAAACUAAUUCAAAACUUA